AUGAAGGCUCUCCGACGCUCGCUGAAAGGGGAGAAAGAUCCCAAACCCCACCACCACCACCAUCUCUCCAUCACGCCCAAGUCCGCCGUUGCCAUUCUGCCUCCUAAGAAGGUUAUCAAGGCGCUCUACGAUUACCAACCCGCACCAGGGGAUACCCAGGAAUUGGCCUUCAGCAAGGGCGAUUUCUUUCACGUUAUCAGCAGGGAGGACGACUCGGACUGGUACGAAGCGUGCAAUCCCCUUAUCCCUACCGCCAGGGGGCUGGUUCCCGUGACCUUUUUCGAAGUCAUCAGCAAAACCCAACGGGACAGCAGCGGAUCCAUCGACCUGGGCAAGAAGAAAGAACCGCACGACUCGGGCUUCGCUGAUCGCGCUACUUCUUCAGGUUCUGAAUUCGGCUCAGGCUCCUCGAAGUCUUAUCAAUCGCACCCCAACCCCGCAUUCCCCCGGGUCUCCAUGAUGGGCAAAGCAGGCGGAGGCGCCAUGGUCUAUGGCGUCGUUCAGUACGACUUCCAGGCCGAACGGCCAGACGAGCUGGACGCUAAAGCGGGCGAGGCUAUCAUUGUCAUCGCCCAGUCGAAUCCAGAGUGGUUCGUCGCAAAACCUAUCGGUCGCCUCGGUGGGCCCGGCCUCAUCCCCGUGUCGUUUAUUGAGCUUCGCGAUAUGCAGAGCGGGCAGGCGGUUAUUGAUCCGCUUGAGGCCGUCAGGCGCGCUGGUGUUCCAAAGGUUGAGGAAUGGAAGAAGAUGACUGCCGAAUAUAAAAACAGCAGUAUCAGUCUGGGCAAAAUUGAGGCAUCCGGCGGUGGCUCCAUGCAGGGCGUCACUUCGGGUAUGGAGAGGAUGUCAGUGCGCCAGAGCGCGGACCAUAUGAGCCACAUGAGCCAGAACGGCCAUCCCAGCGCGUACCAUACUCGCAACGCCAGCAAAGCGUCUAUCGCCCAGUCCAUCCAUCAGCACCAGUCCCAGAGUCACCAACCCCUUGUUGCACCCGUUGCUGCGUCGAUUCCUCGUUACUGUUUCGACAACGAUAAAUAUUGGUACAUUAUUGAAGUCAAAAUGGAGGAUGGCCGCUGCUGGGAGUUAUCUCGAUACUACCACGACUUUUACGAUUUCCAGAUCGCUCUAUUGACCCAAUUUGAGGAGGAAGCAGGCGCUAAGGGCAAACCCCGGACCCUUCCAUUUAUGCCCGGUCCUGUCGCCCACGUCACCGAUGCCAUCUCCGAUGGCCGGCGGCAUAAUCUGGAUGAAUAUAUCAAAAAGCUCCUAGCUAUGCCUCCGCACAUCACGCGAUGCGCUCUCGUUCGUCAGCUGUUCGCACCCCGUCAAGGUGACUUUGAAAUCGAUCCGAGUGCUUUUGGGGAGGAUGCUCGGUUCUCGGCCGGCUCGCAUCACUCUUCUGGCCAAGAGCUCUCUCCUAGCGCGUCGAGGCAAUCGUCGCAACCGCAGAACGGACCCUCGGAACGAAGCUCCCACUCACACUCUCACUCGCUCUCCCACUCUCAUCAGCGCUCGCAAACGUCCAGCUCUAUUCCGAACGGAAAGCCGCCAAUGAUCCGACAACAAAGUUCGAUGACGCAAGUCUCAUCCUCAAGCGGAGGUGCCUUGAAGGUCAAGGUCAACUUCCAAGACGACCUGAUUGCGAUCCGUGUACCCGGCGAUAUCAAUGUCCAGCAGCUCAAAGAAAAGCUUAUGGACCGGUUGAAGAUCAGUGAGGAUAUCAUAGUGCAAUACAAGGACGAGCCAUCCGGCACCUACGUCGACCUGAUCAGCGACAGCGAUCUCGAUGCCGCCGUUCAACGGAAUCCCAAACUCACACUCUACGUCGGACUUGCAUAA